CAUUACCCACAGUGCUCAGUUGUAAACACCAGCUGCAUGUGGUGGCCAGUGACAGACGGCGAGGACACACGACCAGUUGGCUCUACGACUAAAACUAUUAAUCAAUAUGUUUAAGAAGUUUGAUGAGAAGGAAUCUGUGUCUGGUACUCAACAGUUGAAGUCAUCUGUUCAGAAAGGAAUCCGAAACAAAUUGAUCGAGUCCUAUCCAUCCCUUGGGGACAACCUUGAGAAAAUCCUUCCUAAGAAAGAUGCUUUUAGGAUUGUUAAAUGUCAUGAACACAUUGAAUUGCUUGUAAGAAGUGAUGGGGAACUGCUGUUCUUCAGACAAAGGGAUGGACCAUGGAUGCCUACUCUUAAACUUCUGCACAAAUAUCCCUUCAUGUUGCCAUGGAUGCAGGUCGACAAGGGUGCUAUUCGCUUCAUCCUCAGUGGUGCCAACAUAAUGUGUCCAGGAUUAACCUCACCUGGUGCUAAAAUGUCAAAAGUAGACCAGCAUACAGUAGUAGCAGUGAUGGCAGAAGGUAAACAGCACGCUCUAUGUGUGGGUAUAGCCUCCUUGUCUGCAGAAGAUAUUGCCAAGACUAAUAAAGGCAUUGGUGUUGAGAACUGUCAUUAUCUCAAUGAUGGACUCUGGUACAUGAAACCUGUCAAGUAAUUAAUGUGAAAUUUAGGUUACUGUAAAAUUACUGAGAUAUGCAUUUUUUUUCUUUUCAACGUGUAUUGAAUAAAGAUGAUGAUGAAAUAA